GAAAAUUAAUAUCGGGUGAAAUAAGCCGGUCUUCAUUUUGGUUUAGGUAAAACAAACAUAUCCCAAAUCUUUCUAACAUAAACCGUAUAUAUAUGCGUAUAUAUAUAUAUACUUACGUAUAUGCUUAGGGUUAUUACCUGAACAAACAAAACCAUGUCGAACCACAACUUCUACGCUGUCGCCAAGCAAGUCUUCAAAGCGGAAGUCACUUCAAAAUCCACACAUCAAAUCGCCGAUUCAAUCGCCAAAACCCUAACCAAAAUCAACCCUAAAUCUCCCCAAAUUCUGUCAUCUUUUCUCCCCAAUCUCAAUCCCCAAAUUACGCACCUCCUUCUCUCCAACCCACGGAUUCCCACACGCACCUGCUUGCAUCUCUUCAAAUUCCUGCAGAAGAACACCUCCAUCGUUCCUCAGAAACCGAAUCUCGAAGCUCACAUCGCCAUCAUCCUGCGCUUGUUCGCCGACAGAAGAUUCGCCGAGGCGAAGCGCAUUUUGAGCUCCGCUGUGGCCGAUGGAAGCCUCCAAUUGGCGAUUCGUGAAAUUGCUCCAUUAUUGGGUGAGAAUUGCUCCUCCAAAUUGCAGGAAUCGAUUCUCGACAUGUUAUUUAGGGUUUACGCGGACAAUGGAAAGUUCGACGAGGGUUUGGAGGUGUUCGAGCAUAUGGCGAAGAAUGGAUUCAAAAUCGACGAACGGUCAUGUAUGGUUUACCUGAUCGCUUUCAAAAAACGCGACGAAUUCGAAUCGAUGUAUCGAUUUUUCAUAAGAAUGAUGGAUUGCAAUGUGAGGAUUACAGUGUAUUCGAUGACAAUGGUGAUUGGUGGAUUGUGUAAAAGGAAUGAAAUUAAGAGAGCAAGGGAAUUGAUGGAUGAUUUGGUAGGGAAAGGAGUAAAGCCAAAUGUGUACACAUUCAACACAUUGCUCGAAGCUUACGUCGAGAAAUCGGACCUCACCGGAGUCGACGAGGUCCUGGCAGCUAUGGCGGAAUCUGGCGUGCGAUUCAAUGCUGCGACAUAUACGCUUUUGAUCGGAUGGCGGGGGAGGAGCGGGAGGAUGGAAGAUGCUCGGAAACUGUUCGACGAAAUGUCCGAGAAGGAUGUAGCUAAAGAUGUUCAUGUAUAUACAUUGAUGAUUAGUUUGUGUAGUCGGUCGGGCGACGUUAAGACGGCGUUUGCGUUGUUCGACGAGUUGGUCGAGAAGGGCUUGCGGCCGAGCACGCAUACAUACGGUUCGUUGAUACACGGCGUUUGUCGCGUGGGGAACAUGGAGGCCGCGGAAAUCUUGAUCGAGGAGAUGCAACGCGAAGGGAUUGAAUUAAAUCGGGUGGUUUUCAAUACGUUGAUCGACGGAUAUUGCAAGAAAGGGAUGAUCGACGAGGCGUGGAGGGUGCGACGUAUUAUGGAGAAUAAGGGGUUCGAAUCCGACGUUUACUCGAAUAGUAUAGUUGCGAGUUGUUUAUCUCGAUUGGGUCGUAACGAGGAAGCGAAAGGGUUGCUACUUUCGAUGGUGGAUAAGAGCACGAUAUUAAAUAUAGCGACAUAUACAGCUCUGGUCGAUAUAUAUAGUAAGGAAGGUAAUUUUCGUGAAGCGAAGAAAAUUAUGAUCGAGAUGGAGACGAAGGGAGUGAAACCGAAUCUCGUGACGUAUAAUGCUUUAAUUGACGGAUACGUCAAGAAGGGUAAGAUCGAAGACGCGCAUUCGUUAAGACGGGAAGUGGAAGCAAAGGGAUUGUUUCCCGACGUGUAUACUUACACGUCGCUAAUACACGGGAAAUGUAUGCUCGGGGAGGUAGACGAGGCGAUUAAGCUAUUUAUAUCGAUGAAAGAAACGGGCGUAAAUCCAAGUCCCGUGACUUACACGGCGUUGAUAUCGGGAUUAUCGAAAGAAGGUCGAUCGAGCGAAGCUUUCGAAUUUUACGACGAGAUGAUACGCGUUGGCCUCGCGCCUGACGACACCGUUUACUCGACGCUCGUCGGCAGCCUCCACGGAUCGGGAACGUAA